AUGAGUUCCAACUGGGGAACAAUGCAAGUGCUGCUGUGCACAAUAUGUGCUGCACUUGGUGAAGGUGUUGUUGCUGAUCGCACUUGUCGAGAUUGGUUUAAAAGAUUUCGGGAAGGUGAUAUGUCAUUGGAAGAUCGUCCAAGGUCUGGACGUCCUCUGGAAAUUGAUAUUGAACAAUUAAAAGUCCUGAUCGAAGACAAUCCACGAUUAACUACCAGUGAAUUAUCAGCUAUGCUUCUAUGCGAUCACUCCACCAUCGAUCGGCAUUUACAUGAAAUUGGAAAAGUUAGUAAACUUGAAACAUGGGUUCCACAUCAACUAAGCUCCGACAAUAUACAGCAAAGAAUCACCAUAUGCAAUUCUUUGUUGUCAAAACGCAACCGACACAAGUUUCUUCAACAGAUUGUCACUGGUGAUGAAAAGUGGGUCCUGUAUGUCAACCAUACAUGCAAGCGUCAAUGGGUCAAUCCUGAAGAUUUGCCUGAACCUGAACCAAAAAACGACCUGCAUCCGAAAAAAAUUAUGCUGUCGAUCUGGUGGGAUUUCGAAGGUAUUAUCUACUGGGAACUUCUACAACCUAAUACCACGGUCGACUCGAAGUUUUACUGCAAACAACUUGAGAAUUUGAAAAUUGCACUACAAGGAAAUCGUCCAGAAAGACGAAAAGUUCGAUUGCUUCACGAUAAUGCAAAACCUCAUAUCUCAAAAGUUACUCGCCAGAAGCUUCAAGAAUUAGGGUGGGAGGUCUUACCUCAUCCACCAUAUUCACCACAUCUGGCACCUUCUGAUUAUCAUCUGUUCCGGUCGCUCCGCAAUCACCUGGUGAAAAAGCAUUUUGAUGAUCGACUACAUCUACAAUCGGACCUCGAGAGUUUCUUUUCGUCUUUAUCAAAGAAAUUCUUUGAAGAUGGCAUUCUCGAUUUGCCUAAAAGAUGGGAGUAUGUCAUAGACAAUAAUGGUAUAUAUGUUGUCGAUUAGUGACAUUUUGUUUCAAUAAAAUCAUGAAACAUUGAAAAGAAAAAAAUCGGCGGAGACUUUUGCACCAACCCGAUAUAUACUUUGCAUUUUUUUCAAAGCUUCGUAUCUUAGAGAGACUUUGUUCAAAACUUCUGAAGUUUGCUAUGCAAACUAGUCUAGCUGAGGCCUUUAUGCAAACAAAGUUUCAGGUCAAAAUUCGGUAGCAUAGCUUUGCUAACAAUGUAGGCAUACUAUAGAGAAAAUUCACUAGGAGGGUGAGGGCGUGGAUAAUCUCUUUACCCGCACCCAUAUCCUCGCACACCCACACCCACACCCACAUCCACACCCACGCCCACACCCACACCCACACCCACACCCACACCCACACCCACGCCCACACCCACACCCACACCCACACCC